GUUCUCGCAAAAGCACGUUCACGAGGCCGGAAAGUUGUUCAAAUAGUUUCAAGCUCUGAGUCUCAAUUCUUGACAUGAAUGUGCAGAAUCAGAAGCAGAAGCAGGAGCAGCACCUUCUCGUGCACAGUAUACUGUGACUUUGUCCAGGCGCGAUCCUGCCUUGCAUUGUCAUCGAUCGAUUCUGUACGACUUGUAAGGUUAGAAACCUUUGCAUCAUGGACGUACCAAGGAUCAUGGGCAAGUUCGUAGGCCAAGGACGUCCUGUGCUUGUAGUGAUUUCAAUUUGUUUUUGCCUUCUCCAAGUUGCUUCGGCUGACGAUGACGAUGCCAGUCGAUUGGGGCGUCAAACUUUGUCUUCAGAUACUAUGCCAGAUUUGUCCGAAGGAUUCGUCUCCAGACACGACAACCGACAUGUACAUGUGCAAGGAAUUGCAGAUCGGGCAGGGACAAGAGCUCUUAGCAAAAGGAGGCAACUUUUGGGGCUGGAGUCGUCAGACAGCUGGCAAGACGGGAUGAGGGGGAGGCGUACCUUAGAAAACGGGCUGGGAAGGACCCCCCCGAUGGGUUGGAGUUCAUGGAACGCCGAAGGGGUCAACAUCACUGAGCAGGAAAUACGGCACGCAGCCGAUGCACUGGUAGCCACGGGCCUGCGGGAUGCGGGAUACAUCUAUGUCAAUCUCGAUGACGGCUGGGCGGGUUGGGAGCGGGACGCGAACGGCGAUCUCACCGUCGAUGAAGCGAGCUUUCCUUCCGGGAUCCGGAGUCUAGCGGACUACAUCCACAGUAAGGGGCUUAAGUUCGGCAUAUACUCGAGCGCAGGGCCCAAGGCGUGCAGCGGCCGCCUUGGUUCCCUUCUGCACGAGGACCAAGACGCUCGCUGGUUUGCCGAUCACGGGGUUGACUUUCUAAAGUACGACUCGUGCGACGACGGAAAGAGCGGGCUGGGAGUGAAAGAAAGGUUUGUCAGGAUGCGCGACGCCUUGGCUAAGCUGUCGCGGCCAAUCUACUUUGCGAUGGGCUACUGGAACGAAGACACAGCUUGUGCGGCGGGCCCCGUCGGCAACUCUUGGCGGACUUUCUUCGACAUCUACAGUGACGUAAAUCGCGUCUUUCUGACGGCGGACAAGAACAACGAGUACGCAGCAUGUCAGGGGCCGCACUUUGGCUGGAACGAUGCGGACGCUCUCCAGAUCGGACGGCUGUCCGUGAAACCCGGCGGCGAUCCGGACUUGGAGGCCGAGCGGACCCAGAUGACUCUGUGGUCCAUCAUGAAGAGUCCGCUGAUCAUUGGGUACGACCCGUCACAAAUGGGGUCCAAGCGGCUGGCCAUCCUCAAGAACCGCGAAGUCAUCGCAAUCAACCAAGAUCCUCUGGGCAAGCAAGCCACCAAGCGCUUCAACUCAAGCGACUGGGACGUGUGGGCGGGGCCUCUCACCGGGGGACGCGUCGUCGUGGCACUCGUGAACCGGAACCGCGACGCCGUACAGCAGAUUCUGGUCGACUGGCGGACCGUGGGGCUGGAGAGUGACGCCAGGAUGACGGCACGUGACGUCUGGCGGGGCGCAAAUCUACCGGGCACUCACGCGACCAACAUGGGCCCUUUCCCGGUCGCUCCUCACGGAACGGUUCUCCUCAUUUUGUCCCCGGUUCAAUCUCCCUGGUCUAGUUUCUGGACUUGGGAGCCCUUCGGCGGCGGCUUCGUCACCCCUUGGAUCAUAGCCGUUGGCCUCGCUCUAGUUUCUCUGGUGGGCUUCUCCGUAUUUUUUGGGACGAAGAGGUUUAGGGGUUGGGCCGCGCAAGGCCCAUCGGGCGGCGCCGGCGCGGGCUAUAAGCGGAGCUCCUCCGAUUCCAAGGGGGAACGGGUUCCGCUCCACGAGCGGCCGGAACGGGAGUCGCCCAUCCGGACGCAGCGGAGUGGCCUCAAGCGCGAGGCCAGCACGCGUAUCAGUAGGUCGAGGACUGGAGAUUUCGAUGCAGUAUAGCGUAAGCAGGACUUGCAUUUUCAGUGCACGCGAAUAGAAGCUCAUAAGCAGUCACGCACUCGCCAUAAAAGCAAAGGGGUGUCAGCACGCACAGCCCUAUUUAUGAACUAACUAAGCGCCUUGAAUAAGCCUGGGGCGAAACGCACGCGCAUAUAGAGUCAUAGGAGGUGAAAGUAGGCCAAUCGUAUCACAGACUGUCCGCACAGUUGUCCGACCCGGGUGAGACAAUACUGACCACAACGCAGAACUCGCUUAUCUAUCGGGGCCCGCUAGAUUCUAGCCGCGAGCUGGUAAACCAUAAUAUCGCAGAUUAGAAUUGUAUGUCUCAAGCGCGCCAGGAUUCGUAUAAUCUCAUUGCGGAAAGGCUGAAUUAGGGCAUUAUAUCAUUGGCGGACAUACACGCGCGCGCAGCGUCGUGAGGGCAGGCUCCUGUGCAGUAACUAGCAGGGCCACACGAGGGACUCCAGACCGUCCAUGUAAUUGCUUUUGAAUGUGCUGAUUCUCCAACUGUUGAAGGAACCGGGCAGCGCCAGCGGCUGGAAUAAUUGCCGCAGCCGGCCAC